GGAGCGGCGGCACCGGGGGAGAGAUGUUCGUGCAGGAGGAGAAGAUCUUCGCGGGGAAGGUGCUGAGGGUCCAUGUGUGCACCAUGGAGGGCGCGGAGUGGCUGGAGGAGGUGCCCGAGGACACCACGGUGGAGAAGCUCAAGGAGCGGUGCCUGAAGCACUGUGUCCCCGGGAGCUUGGAGGAUCCCAAAACUGUGACACAUCACAAGCUGAUCCAUGCCACUUCUGAGAAGGUGCUGACAGACACAAAAACAGUGCUGGAGGAAAAUGUUCAAGAUCGAGAUGUGUUGCUUUUGAUCAAGAAACGUGCACCACCUCCACUCCCCAAAAUGGCAGAUGUGUCUGCAGAGGAGAAGAGGAAGCAGGAGCAGAAGGCUCCUGACAAGGAUGCCAUUCUCAAAGCCACUGCCAACCUGCCCUCCCGCAGCGCCGACCGCACCGUGGCCCAUCACAGCAUGAGGGAUUUUCCUUUCUUGCAGUUCCAGACAGAGCUCCGGAAGAUCUUGGUGUCUCUCAUAGAAGUUGCACAGAAAUUGUUAGCACUGAACCCAGAUGCAGUUGAACUAUUUAAGAAGGCAAAUGCCAUGCUGGAUGAGGAUGAGGAGGACAGAGUGGAUGAAAUAGCUCUGAGGCAGCUCACAGAGAUGGGCUUCCCAGAGAGCAGAGCUGUCAAGGCCCUCCGGUUAAAUCACAUGUCGGUAACCCAGGCCAUGGAGUGGCUGAUAGAACACGCAGAUGACCCUUCAGUGGAUGCUCCCCUGCCAGGCCAGACUCCUGCAGAAGCCACAGCUGAAGCUGCUGCCUCCUCUGCUGAGGCAGCUGCGGGUCCCAGCUCGGAGGAGGGAGGGGAAGAGGCCAAGGAUGAGCUGACGGAAAUAUUCAAGAAGAUCCGGAGGAAAAGAGAGUUCCGUCCGGACCCACGGGCUGUCAUUGCCCUGAUGGAGAUGGGAUUCGAUGAGAAGGAAGUGGUGGAUGCGCUCAGAGUAAACAACAACCAGCAAAACGCAGCCUGCGAGUGGCUGCUGGGAGACAGGAAACCUUCUCCAGAGGACUUAGAUAAGGGCAUUGACACCAACAGCCCUCUCUUCCAAGCCAUCUUAGAAAACCCAGUGGUACAGUUAGGGCUCACCAACCCUAAAACUCUACUAGCCUUCGAGGAUAUGCUUGAAAACCCCUUGAACAGCACCCAGUGGAUGAACGACCCCGAAACCGGGCCGGUGAUGUUGCAGAUCUCCCGCAUCUUCCAGACGCUCAACCGCACGUAGAGGGGGUUCCCAGUGCACUGUGCCACUUCCUCCUGCCCCUCACUCCAUGGAAAUCUGGGAGCUGGGAGGCAGCUGGAAGGGGAAGGGAGGCGAGGGGGAGAUCCUGAGGUGGGGUCUCUCCCCCCCCCGAGAGCUUUUGUAGUUACGGCCAACUGGAGUGAGUUGCCUUGUGGAUUUAGUGUUAGUGGAAGAGAGGUUUGAAGGCUUGUUUCUGUUUUCAGGUAUUAGGUUUAAAAUAAAGUAUAUCAGAAAAAAAAAAAAAAAACACACAAAAAACACACAAAAAAUAGGAAAAGGUUUUGUGAAAACACUUCAGAAUCUGAUUGUUGGAAAGAAACACGAUCCUGCUCGUUAAAAAGGCCUGUGACAGUAGUUUUCUAGCCAGCUUUGCUAGGACCUGGCUAGUGUUUACAAAAGGUCACUGACCACUGGCAUAGGAUAUUAAUCAUCUCCGUGCAGUAUUAAUUUAUGGCUUGAUCAAAUUGCAAAUCUGCUUUU